AUGCAAAAUCCACAAGGAAUAGUGGCUAAAUGGGUAAACGACGAUGGUUUCGUCUACAAACGUCUCAAACGCCCCCGUCUUGAUUCCACCAGCGCAUCGGCUGAUCAGCCUCCGGAUCUUGCAGCUGAAGCGAAAGCACACACAGAAACAAAGAAGAAGGUGCUAUUAAAACUCAAAACCAAGUAUCACCAAAAGAUCCACCAUUGGGAACAUUUGUCGAACACCUUGAAAGCAUUGCAAAACCGUAUGCAAAAUCAACCAUCGCCCAUGGUACUGUCAGAUCAGACGGUCUCCGUUUUGCCGGAAAAUUCGUCAAAUUCUCCUUUCCAGGAUCUUACUGACACACUCCUUGCUCAGGUAUUGGCCCACCCUCAAUAA